GUAUCCGUUGAAAUCGUUGAUGUGUUGAAAGUAUUUCUGUGUUGUAGUUUUUUUUCUUUAUGGUGUUCAAAAAUAGCUAAGAACCAGAAGAUCUGUAAUUCUGUAUUGUUAACGAAGUAAGCCCUUUUCACGAAACUUUUAAAUAUUGUGAUACGGUACAUAAAACGACGAAUGUUUUCAAAUAUUUUGGGUGUUGAUACGCAAGUACCAAAUGAAGGAAGUAGUUUAAAAAACAUUUAUCAAAAAUUUCAAAGUUUAUUGGGUCACGCAGUUGUGGGAAACACGGAAAAAGACGACAAUAUGUUGUCCGCUAGGGGAACUUCGGCUGCAUCUGAUGAUAGUUUUACAACACAUUUAUCGGCUGUAUCAUCAGCGGCUGAUCUCAUGGCAAUGUCACCGAAAAAAUCAAACGAACAUUCUGAUGUGACUGGAGACUUGUUAACUGGCACAGAUUUUGAUAGUAUAUGUGACGUGACUAUGCAGGAGAUACCGACAUCCGAUGAUGUGUUUAUAGAUGCGACAAGUUUAGAUUAUCUCGUGAAAUGUGCUGAAUCAAAUCGUAAUCAUACUUUUGUUGAUCGGGGGAAGGAAAGUCUUUUUGUAAAAUUUGACCCAUUAUAUGCAAAACAAAAAUUAAUGAUCUCAGGCUCAAAUUGCACAGACUCCACUGAAAACUGUGAAUGUGAUGUUGGAUAUGAGACAGGUAGUGCUUCAUCGACUACAGAGCAUCAUGUUGCCAGUCCUAAGCAUUCAUUAUCAAUGGGAGCAAUCAUAACUAAGGAGAAACCAAUGCAAGUUGUGCCUCCAGUAGUUAGCAAUGAAUUUCCUAAAAUAAGUGCUGCAAAUAUUGGAUCUACUCCAGCAUUGAUACGCAGUGUAUCUGCUAUCUUAACACCUACUAGGGUUGCAACUGAGAGAUUGAUAAGCAUCGCUGGCAACACCCCUCCAACAGCUGCUCCACGUAGUCCUCGUUACAAUAAUUACAGCAACCAGGAAGGGGAUAGGCUGCAGUCACUCAGAGUCAUUUUACAAAAGCAAGAUCAAGAAGUUUUGCAAUUAAGACAAGAAAAUAGAGAGUUGAGAUCUUCCUUGCAAGACAUGGAACAUAAACAUUCUCGAACAUUAGAAGAACUAGAAUCAAAAAUUAAAAAAUUAACGAAUGAGAAAGAUAUUUUAGCAGAACGAGAAAAUAAUUUAUUGAAGCAGGUCAGUGAGAAAAUCCUAAAUAAUAAACAGAUGAGUAUUGUUAUGGAAGAAUAUGAAAAGACCAUAUCAUCAUUAAUUGGAGAACAGCAGCGUGAGAGAAUCCAAUCUCAAGAAACAACUGAAAGACUAACUUUAGAGAGGGAUCAGGCACUCAGUCAUCUAUCAAGCAUGGAAAGUUCCUUCAAUGAUUUAUUAGCUAAAUACGAAAAAUGUAAGAGUGUUAUUAUAGAAACAAAAGACAGAGAAAAAAUAUUUGAGGAAAAAAUUCUAGAAUAUGAAAAUGGUAUAAAGAAAUAUGAAGAACUAUACAAUAAUUUAAAACGCAUUACAUCUGAAAGCUUAGAUAAAGCAAAUGAAACAUUAGAGAAUAUUAAAAAGAAUCAUACCGUAGAAAUCACUAAGUUAAAUGCAAUUAUCAAGAAGCAUGAGAUUUCAAUAUCAUCACUUCAAGAGUCUCUGUUGCAAAAGACUAGAGAUAAUGAGGAGUUAACAAGAAUAUGUGAUCAACUAAUCAAUGAAGUGCGUUGAUAAUUAUUGAAGUAUUAUUUUGGGAACGUUUUAUAUUGGUAAUGUUGUUUGGAAUCCUUAACUGCAAAUUGAAAUUCAUCCAAAACUUAAUUUUUUCACUUUGAUAAAAGCAUGCAGUCAAACAUGCAAGCCUAAAUAAUAAAAAGUAAAAAAAAAAAAACUAUUAAAACUUAACUGUUUACAAGUGGCACUGCAUAUAGAGUAAAAGUGAAACUAUAUAUUAUAAUAUUAUUAAGUUGUUAAUGUAUCCAGCAAGGUAGCUUUUCAUAAUCAAUGUUAUGGAUCCCGAACAAAGAUAAUUAAUUUUAAUUAUGUCUUAAAUUAUUUCAACUUAUUUGUUAACAUCAGCCGUCAGCCUUUGACUUAUUACUUUGUAUUAUUAGAUUUAUGUAUAGGAAACUUUUUAAACACAACACUCAAUAAAUUAAAAGAUACUGUAAAAUUCUUACCUUUGUAAGUUGGUAUAAAAUGUCACUCAGGAGUAUAAUUAAAUUAUAAAAUGAAUAUUAAAUAUUAUAUUCUUACUAUCAUGCUGUUUAGUCAAAACUUACAACUUUACAAAAAUUAGACACAUUGUAAUUUUUGCAUUUAGUUGUAAGUUAAUGUGACAAGUAACUAAAUUUUCACUUGGUCACAAUUUUAAUUCAGUACACACAAUUAAUGAUUCCGUCUAAAAUAUGUGGUUUUUUAUAACUUUUAAGAAUUUUCAUUGGUGCUUUUUAAUUUUUUAAGUAUAAAAUUUGCUGCACUUGUGCUCAUAUUGUCAUUAAUCUUGCUUUUCUUUAGUUAUGUGUUUAUGUUAGUAUUGUUUAUAAUUUUUAAUGUUAAUUGACAUCUAAUACCUUACAUAUUAUAUUUGUGACAUUUUUUUGAAUAAAAUUUGGUUUAAAGU